AUGCUUUUCCAUAAAACCUAUGAACAAAGUUAUUUCAUUGCUUUAUAUGCUCAUUUUAAAAUUGGUGAAUUUUAUGAUAUUCACAUUGAUGGAAACAAAACUCCAAUUCCAUUCGUUUCCGAAAAUGAUUCGAUGAUGUUAAAUCAUUCUAGAUUUUGUAAUGGAAGUCUUGAAUUUGUAUUAUUACAUGGAAAGGUUAGAAGAAGAAGAAGUGAAAAUGGCUUUUGGAGACAAAGUGGCCCAUAUUGUGAUUAUAAUUAUGGUAAAUCAUUUUUUGGAAUGGGUAAAAGAUGUUUUUCUUUCCAAAGUGAUUUGAUAAAAGGUAGAAAAAUGUGGGAAUAUUCAUUGUAUUUCAGAGAAUCCGAUGGAACAAAUGUAAAAGGAUAUAAAAUAAUUCUUAGACAUUAUUUAUCCGGUAUUAAUAAUAGAGAUGAAGAUAUCAUUCAAAGAUUAAAUCCAAUUAGUAUGUACAUUUCAAUAAAACCAAAAUCGAAUUCAUCAAUUAGUCCAUAUAUUUUAAAAGAAUCUGAUUUCAUUAGAAAUAUUGAAGACAUGUCAGAUUAUUUAUAUCAAUUUAAAUUUUUAGAAAAAAUUAUUCAUUCAUCUCUAAUUUAUAAUAUCAAUGAUACAAAUGAACUAAAUGAAUCAAAUGAAAAAAUAUUAUCAAAAAGAAAUUGUCCGUUCUCUGAUGAAACUUUAAAAACAAAUAAAACAAUUGAAAAUGAAUUAAAUCAAAACAAAACUGAUGAUGAUGAUGAUAAUAAUAAUAAUAAUAAUGAUGAUAAUGAUGAUAACUAUAAUAACAAUAAUUAUAAAAAUAACCCAAAUAAAAAACAAUGUUGCUGA